AUGUCUCUCAAGGAGAGCAGUUUGGAUGACCAAUAUCCACAGAGACCCGUGGCCCAUUAUGGAUCUUACCCUUUCAGGCUGCAAGUGGCCACGCACACGCUGUACUUGGCGCCAGCUCCCAGCGCGAAACCCGCCAACUGGCGCCUUCCAGACCCUUCCGCCGCUAUUUCUCAUCAACCCGACAUCGCCAUCUCCGAAACUGCCACUCUCAGCCUCGUGCCACCCACUGCGCCCACCUUGAGGUCUACGCAAGCUCAACAAAUCUCCGAAGACUGUUCAAUAUUAUAG